CGCAGCUUUUUAUGUAAGCCGGAGGCGGGUCUGCGGCGAUGUUUGAAAGGGGGUUACGGUCCUAACGACCGCUCCGUGAAGCUUCUGCUAUAGGGCGCGCGCGUGCUGCGCCUGUCAGCCGCUUAAGUGUCUGCUCCCCCCUCACCCCUCCCCCGCCGCGAGUGCCUCAGAGCCGUGCGCACAGCAGAGCCCGGCGACCGCCGCGCCGCGCCGCGCCGCGCCGCGAGGAGCGCCACACCCCCCUCUGGGAUCCGGACGGCGAGCUCGCAGCAGGAUGGCGGCGUCGUCGGUGGUUGUGAGCUCGGAGGGGUCCCCGGAGCCAGGGGGCAGCGGCUGGCCCCGCAGGGAGCCCGAAGGGGAGCAGGAGCGGCUGCUGCGCCGCGGGGAGCUGCUGGCCCUGGGGAACCACCUGAAGGAAGCGCUGGAGACUUACUCGGCGGCGCUGCGCCUCGGGCCGCCUGCGGGACCCCGCCGUCUCGAGACCCUCGUGGACUGUCUGGUGCUGAACUACCGCCUCCGACAGGGGCUGGACUGGAGCCGGGAGCAGGGGGCUCGGGAGGAGGGAGGCGGCGCGGUCGCAGGGCCCCUGACCUGCUGCGGCUGCCGGGGCUUCUUGGGCGAGCCGGUGACCGCUCGGUGCGGGCACAGUUACUGCCGCCGCUGCCUCCGGGGGGAGCUGCGCUCCCGCUGCCGCCUGUGCCGGGACCUGCUGCUGCCGCUGGCCGGGGGCGGCCCCGCCGCCCAGCUCCGGACCAGCGUCAUCCUCAGCCGGUUGGCGGAGAAGUGGUUCCCAGCCGAGUGUGAGAGGGCGAGGACCGGCAACCGGCUGGGGGAGCUGCUGAGCCAGGGGCGCUUCCGAGAGAGCCUGAGCGCCGCCAGCCAGGCCUUGCAAGCAGAUCCCAGUGACUUGAUGUUAAGAGUUUACAGAGCUGAAUCAUAUGCUGGCCUCCAAGAGUUUAAAACAGCCAUAGAAGAACUAAAUUUUAUCAUCUCUAAAAUGUCAAAUUGGCCAGAGAUUUACUUCAGGAAAGCAAAGGUGCUGCAUGAUGCUGGGUUUGUAGGUGAUGCCUUACAACUGUUCCUACAGUGCUUAUCCCUUGAUGAGGAUUUUGUUCCAGCAAAGCUAGAAGUGGAAAAGACAUUGUGUGAUUUGCUGUCACCAGAAAAUGUGAGAGAGAGUCUGAAGGAAUCUGCUUGGACUUCACCUCAUAUUCGAAAUAAGCCUUUUACACUUGGUUCUGAAAUGGAAGAGUCUGGCUGUAAUCUACAGCUUCGUCCAGAGCAGAAUUUAGGAGUGUCCGAGAUAACAGUGGAGUCUUUCAGACGAAGCCUAAAUCGUGUACAAUCUGCCCAUGCUCUUAACUGCACAGAAAAGCUUUCUAAAGGAGAUGGAUUAAAAAGGGUUUCUUCUGAACCUUUGCUUUCUGGCCAGGAAAAAAGUGCUCUCCUAAAAAGGAAGCUUUCCCUUUCAGAACAGGAUGCAAUCAUGUGUGAAGAUGGAAGAAGCAAACAUAAAAAACAAGGAGAAACUACAAAAAGGGAUACUGCAUUUUCACUGGUUUGUGGAACAGUUCCACAGCACUUAAUCGAUGUGGCAGAUUUUGAGUGCUCUCUGUGUAUGAGGUUAUUUUUUGAGCCAGUGACAACCCCUUGUGGACAUACCUUCUGCAAGAAUUGUUUAGAACGCUGUUUAGACCAUGCCCCGCAGUGUCCCCUAUGUAAAGAGAGCUUAAAAGAGUAUUUGGCAAUUAGGAAAUACAGUGUCACAGUACUACUGGAAGAAUUAGUGGUGAAAUAUCUGGCUGAUGAAUUAUCUGAGAGAAAAAGAAUUCAUGAUGAAGAAACUGCUGAACUCUCUGACUUGACCAAGAAUGUUCCAGUAUUUGUUUGUACUAUGGCAUACCCCACUGUGCCUUGCCCUCUUCAUGUGUUUGAGCCAAGAUACCGACUGAUGAUUCGCAGAAGUAUGGAAACCGGGACUAAACAAUUUGGGAUGUGUGUCAGUGACCCUCAAAACAAUUUUGCAGAUUAUGGUUGUAUGCUGCAAAUUAGGAAUAUUCAUUUCCUACCUGAUGGGAGGUCUGUUGUUGACACAGUUGGUGGAAAGAGAUUUAGAGUUUUACAAAGAGGGAUGAAAGAUGGUUAUUGUACUGCAGACAUCGAAUAUUUGGAAGAUAUUAAGGUUGCAGAUGAAGAAGAGCUGAAGAAACUGAGAGAGCUUCAUGACAUAGUAUACAAUCAGGCUUGUGGCUGGUUCCUAAGCUUGAGGAACAAAUUUCGCAGCCAGAUCCUUCAGCACUUUGGGCCAAUGCCAGAGAGAGAGGAAAACCUACAGUUCAGAGAUUGAAGCAGUUCCACAGUGUAAAACACACACAGCACACAUGGUAGAGGUCAGAAAAUCAAGUUAAUAUUGCGUUAUGACUGGCUCGCAAGGAAAUGCUGCCUCCUAUUUCUUUGUCGGUUUAGUGCAACGCUGAAUUUAGCCAGUCAGUCCUCCACAGAUAAAGAGAAAGUAAACAUGGGGUGAAAAGGGAAAUCUGUCUGAAUACCAAUAAGAAAUCAGUGCUUAAAAAUUUUCAAGAAAAGUAAAGACUGGAAUGAAGAGGAUGCAUCAUGCUGCAGGUAUUGCAGCAGUGAGGUCGCUGCUCGUGCUGAGAGAAUAAAGGAGCAUGUUGAAAGCAAGCGAUACAAGAAGCUUAAAGAAGAAAGUGGGUUUUGGAAUAAACAGUCCAUAUCAGGAGCUUUCACUAGGGCUCUAAUGAAAGAGAGGACACAGUGCAAUUGUGUCAGUUACUUUGUGCAUGCUCUUUGUUUCGUCAGACAACUGCUGCUAACUGCAGAGGGCCCUGUUGGUGACUUUGUGAGACCAUACUGUCCACCAGCAAAAACCCUUCCUAGUGCAGACAACCUCCCUCAUAAGUAUCUGAAAGAAAAUGGUGAUGCUUUAGUAUCUAACAAAUUGAUGGAAAUGUGGUAUCUAGUCUGAUUUUUGACGAGUCUCCUGAUGCUCUGGACUGUCCAAUUCUUGGCUUUUUGUUUUAGUUCAAUUUCAAAGCAAAUAAACCCACAUUGUUUUGUGUUGAUGUGACUGUCAUCCCCUCUGAUACCUGUUUUGUCAACGCAGCAAUAACUGACAUGUUAAGAAUUUUUAAUUCUGGCAUACCUCAGGGCUCUGUUCUGGCCCCAAUACUUUUUAAUCUAUACACCACGGAUAACCUGCAAUGGAGUCGAGGCAAUUCAUGCAUGUGAAUGACAUUGCCUUGGCUGUUCAGUGCAUAAGCCUCCAUACCAUCAGAUGCUCCCUAACCCGAGAUCUUGGCAUAUUUGCUGAUUAUUUCCAACGCUGCAAAUGUAGGCCUAACCCGAAAAAAGCCAUAGUGAUUGCUUUCCAUCUGAACAAUAAACUGGCUAAUGCCAAACUCGAUAUACAGUUCUGCAGAGAGCAUUAGCCAUGAGGCUAAUCCAAAGUAUCUUGGCAUUAUGCUGGACUGGAGUUAAGUUUUUCAGAAAUACCUCAAGAACACCCAAGGUCAGAUAUCAUGUCGUCGUUAUCAGGAAAUUGGUCGUAAUAUCAUGGGGCUCCAGUUCACGGACCUUACAAACUACAACUAUUGCCUUUGGUAUAUUCUGUGGCUGAAUAUUGUGCAUCAGUAUGGUCUCACAGCAGUCACAUUAAAGUCCUUGAUACUCAAAUCAAAAACACCAUGUGCAUAGUCAGGGACGCUUGUCAGGGAUGCUCAAAUUGACUCCAGUUGACUGGCUUCUGGUCCUAUCGCACAUCCAGCCUCCACAGAUUAGAAGAGCUGCUCAGACAUCUUGCUUUCACAGUCAUGCCAGUGAAAACACGAGGAUCCCAUUGCAUGAUGACUUGCAGAACCCUCCAAAGACACAGUUAAAAUCCUGCAACUCUCUGUGGAACUGCCUCGACCCUUAAGCUCAAUUUAAACACAGAGGCUCAAUGGAGGGCCACAUGGAGCAUUUUGACUGCUCAGAAUAAACAGCUUGUUGUUGAUCCUGCCGAGGAACCUUCAGGGUUUGAUUCCAGUUGGAAAGACUGAUGCAGAUUAAAUCAUAUCAACAAACCCU